GGCCCAUGCCUCCCCCUCCCGCCCCGCGGCGCGUUCGCGGACAGUCCGCGCGCGGGCCCGGCCGGGCCGGCGCCCCCCUCCGCCUCUCCCGCUCGCGUCGCCCCGGGUCUCCGGGGAUGCCCCCAGUCGGGCCCCUCCAUGGCCGCCGACGUCUUCAUGUGCUCCCCGCGCCGGACUGGCGGCCGGGGCCGCGCGGCGCUGCUCAAGCCCCCGGUGCCCGAGGACGACGACGAUUCGGACCCGGAUGAGCCGUCCCCGCCGCCCGCCUGCGGCGUGGCCGCCCCGGCGCGGGCCCCCGCGAACGUCGUGCCGCCGCCGCCCCGGGCCGGGCCGGGCCGCGAGGAGCCCCCGCGCCGCCAGCAGAUCAUCCACAGCGGCCACUUCAUGGUGUCGUCGCCGCACCGCGAGCACCCGCCCAAGAAAGGCUACGAUUUUGACACGGUCAACAAGCAGACGUGCCAGACCUACAGCUUCGGCAAGACCAGCUCCUGCCACCUGUCCAUCGACGCCUCGCUCACCAAGCUAUUCGAGUGCAUGACCCUGGCCUACAGUGGGAAGUUGGUGUCUCCAAAGUGGAAGAAUUUCAAGGGCCUGAAGCUCCAGUGGAGAGACAAGAUCCGGCUCAAUAACGCCAUCUGGCGGGCAUGGUAUAUGCAGUACUUGGAGAAGCGCAAGAAUCCGGUGUGCCACUUCGUCACCCCCCUGGAUGGCUCUGUUGAAGUAGAUGAACAUCGGAGGCCAGAGGCUAUCACCACAGAAGGGAAGUACUGGAAAAGCCGCAUUGAGAUUGUGAUCCGGGAGUAUCACAAGUGGAGAACCUACUUCAAGAAAAGGCUACAACAGCACAAGGAUGAGGACCUCUCCAGCCUGGCUCAGGAUGAUGACUUGUUUUAUUGGCACAAACAUGGGGAUGGAUGGAAGACCCCAGUUCCCAUGGAGGAGGACACACUGCUGGGCACAGACCUGCUCAUGUCAGAAUUCAGCGACACCCUUUUCUCCACACUCUCCUCCCACCAGCCGGUGGCCUGGCCCAACCCACGGGAGAUAGCACAUCUGGGAAAUGCAGACAUGAUUCAACCAGGACUGAUUCCUUUGCAGCCCAACCUGGACUUCAUGGACACUUUUGAACCUUUCCAGGACCUCUUCUCUUCCAGCCGCUCCAUUUUUGGCUCCAUGCUGCCUACACCCACCUCAGCACCUGCACCCGAUCCCAACAGCUCACCUGCUCAGGAGAGCAUCCUGCCAACCACUGCUCUCCCCACCGUGAGCCUCCCUGACAGCCUCAUUGUACCCCCUGCAGCCACCACCCUGGAUCCCAUGGAACGGCAGGGCUGUGAACGCACCUCCCGGCCUGGGUACCCCUUUAUCCAGCCCACAGACUUCGGUGCCUCUAUGCCGCCGCUGGGCGUUGCACAGCCUUUCCUGCCCAUGUUCCCUGUGCCCUUGCUCUCCCCCAGCCCAACUGCGGCACCUGCUUCCCCUGCCUUGCCGUUAGCCCCUCCUCCUUCCACUGCCUUGAGCCCCCCAACUCCACCCGCCUUCCUGCAGCCACAGAAGUUUGCUGGAGUCAGCAAGUCACCGAGUGUCAUCACCCACACAGCCUCUGCCACCCUCACUCAUGACGCCUCUGCCACCACCUUCAGCCAGAGCCAGGGCCUUGUUAUCACAACCCACCACCCCACCCCUGCAAUGUCCCCCUGUGGCCUGGCACUGUCUCCAGUCCCCCAGCCGCCUACCAUUGGGCCUCCACAACCCUGUUUAACUUUCAUGCACCCCAAACCUGUGUCCCUGACUGGGGGGAGGCCCAAGCAGCCCCCCAAAAUAGUGCCUGCUCCCAAACCAGAGCCUGUGUCCUUGGUGCUGAAGAACGCUUGCAUCGCCCCAGCUGCCUUUUCAGGACAGCCACAAGCAGUGAUUAUGACGUCGGGCCCCCUGAAGAGAGAAGGGAUGUUGGCUUCCACUGUGUCCCAGUCCAGUGUGGUCAUCACGCCUGCUUCCAUCACCAGGGCUCCUGGAGUUACAGAGUUCCACAGUGGCAUCCUGGUAACAGACCUGGGCCACCCCACAGGCAGCCAGCCUGCCCCCGUCUCCAGGCUCUUCUCUCCAGGCACCGCACAAGACUCCCUGGUGAAGGGCGAUCAGGCCCCUGCCACAGGUUCCAGUCGAGAGUGCCCGAAUUCAGGGCAGGUCUCUCCAUGUGCCUCGGAGCACAGCCCCAGUCCUCAGUCUCCCCAGAACAACUGCUCAGGGAAAUCUGCAGACCCCAAAAACGUAACUGCGUUAAAGAACCGGCAGAUGAAGCACAUUUCAGCCGAGCAGAAAAGACGCUUCAACAUCAAGAUGAGCUUUGACACCCUGAACAGUUUGGUCUCUAAUAACUCCAAGCUGACCAGCCACGCCAUCACACUGCAGAAGGCCGUGGAGCACAUCACCAAGCUGCAGCAGGAGCGGAGCCAGAUGCAGGAGGAAGCCCGGCGGCUCAGGGAGGAGAUCGAGGAGCUCAAUGCCACCAUCAUCUCCUGCCAGCAGCUGCUCCCCGCCACGGGGGUCCCUGUCAGCCGGCACCAGUUCGAUCACAUGAGAGACAUGUUUGAUGAAUACGUGAAAAGCCGGACUCUGCAGAAUUGGAAGUUCUGGAUUUUCAGCAUUAUCAUCAAGCCCCUGUUUGAGUCCUUCAAGGGGAUGGUGUCCAGCAGCAGCCUGGAAGAGCUGCACCGCACGGCGCUGUCCUGGCUGGACCAGCACUGCUCCCUCCCCGUCCUCAGGCCAACUGCGCUGAACACCCUCCGGCACCUGAGCACGACCACCUCCAUUCUGACGGAUCCAUCCAAGCUGCCAGAGCAGGCGGCAGCGGCUGUCACCAGAAUUGGCAAGAGAACCGGGGAGUCUUAGCGGCCAAGAUGCCAUGGAGACGCUUCCUGCCUGCAGAGAGGAGGCUGUGCCCCACCCUCUCCUGACACAGAGCUGCAGGUGCCCAACUCUGCUUGUCCACCGAGCUCGGGUCUGAAGCAGGUUCAGGUCCUGCCGGCAGCAAUAGCCCAUCUUUGGGAACCCCUUGCUGUGAACUCACUCAGCCGACCUCAGUCACAACCUCCCCUGCCCUCAGGGCAGCCUAGAUAAGGGGAACGCCGCCCACUACAGUCCUGUCCUGCUGGCAGUCUGCCUACCUGGUGCCAGUGCAGGCGUACAUGGGACAGGAGGAGGCACCUGGCUUCCCUGAGUCAGCAAGCGUAAGGGUCUGCUGGGUCCUGUCAUGUCCUGGGCACUGUGCUGCUCUGAGUGGCUCCCUGCGCCCACUCUGAGCGCUGGCGGGGCAGCUGGAAGGCUUCUUUCUCCCUCCCACUCUGACCUUGUAGAUGGAUUUGGACAGCCACUCAGGCUUCCGCAUAGCAGGCCACCUUUUGCCACUUGGGGUGCCCUGGGGCCCAGCACGUGUGCAAAGGUGGUGGCUGGGAGUGCACGUGGGACAAGGAAAGCACGGACAGUGCACAGCUGCUGCUCCAGCUCUGACUCCUCCUGGGCGGCGUCCUCACCUGUUGUGAUUUAGCUCCACUUGGUGUCGCAGCAUUCGCAGCAUCGCUGAUCGAGAAGUGGUGGCACUCAUCAGGCGUCACCUCCCAGUGCGGCCCCCUGCCCUCGUUCUCCACCUGCUUUCAAGCUGCAGCCUUGGGUGAGCCAGUGGUGUCGAGGGACACUCACAGCCCUCCUGGUGCAGCACUGGACAGGACAGGCUCCACGGUGCUGCCGUCCGCCUGGCCAUCUGAUCUGGAACGUUCACCGGGAGCCCCAAACCAUAACAGUUCUCGGACCAAAGACGUCACCAUGCCCAAAGUCUGUCCUGUCCUGUUUUUGGAGGAAGAAAUCUAACGGAAUGUGGGACGCAGAACUCUGAGGUGGCCAGCCUCAGAGCUGUCUCUAGGAGCCUCCCAGACAGUAAAGAAUUGCACUCAGAUUUGAUCAAGGUGGAGGACUGUCUGGGGGCCAUGGGCUGUUUCCGCAUGUGGGAAGUGCAGCUGGAAGGGUUUGGAGGGGGCGCAGUAGGAGAGCAGGUCCCAGCUGCCUCUUGGUGUCUCUGCAGGAGAGACAGGGAAGCCCUCUGUCUAGCACUCAGGAAGCCCUGCCGAGGCGGCUCCUCCUUGAAAGAAUGUGCUUUUAACGUCCUGCCUGAAGUUCCACUCGGCCUCUGUCCUCCCUGCCAGGGGUGGGGACCAGGUUGGCCAGGGGCCCAGGACAGGGCUAUGAGGGACUCCCUGGCUACCUCCCAAAGUCGGGUGCAUUCGGAGGCCCCUGGCCAGUCACCUGCUGUCUCGUCUGUGCCUCAGCCCCACACAAGAGCAGCGAGGUGGCUCCUUUCAGCCUCCCCAGAAAAUGUGUUUACAGGCCUUCGGUUACUUCCCGGGGGGGCGAGCACAAGACGAGGCUGGGCUGGUCCUCAGUUUCCACUAAGAGAGCUCAGCCUUCACCCAGGACACACGUGAGGUUGCCCUUCAGGAGGGGAAGACCAUUGUGGUAAGAACUCACCAGGGUGAAAAGGAAAAAAGGAGAAACAAAAACCGUUCCCCUCCCAGCUGCGAGGGCACGGCCCCCCCAGUCCCUGUGCCUUCUGAGCUGCAUGGAUGGGGUGGCUGGGCCUGGCCAGCCAAGACCUCUCAGUAGCUUUCUCCCCAUCCCUUGCUGGGAGUCUCUUUUUUUAAAAGAAGUCUGUGGGAUAUAAAAUUGGCUUUUUACUUCUUCAGCCUACCUCUCCUGUCCCCUUUCCUGAGUUAAUGUUCAUGAUUGUGUUUUGUUGAAUAUUAAAGGUUGUUUGGUCACAUGAGACUUUGAAGGCCAUGUAUGUGUGUGUGUGUGUGUGUGUGUGUGUGUGUGUGUGAGAGAGAGAGAGAGAGAGAGAGAGAGAGAGAGAAUGUCCCCAGCAGACUGUUCACUAAGUGCAUGUUUUGUUUUGAGAUACUUACUCCAUUUCUCUUGGUGCUCACAUUCACCACUGCUGCAGGGCCCAGCUCUGUAUCUCUUACCACAGACACGAUUGCUUCUUGUCCCAGAAUUUUACUUGUUUUGGAAUCUUGCCCAAUGAAUUGACUAGGCAGAGGGUCUUGGUGUCCGCCUCUGUCCUGGGGUCCCGCCUAGUCUGCUGGGGCCUCUAGUGGACACUGAACCCAGGGCUGUGGGGUGUUUAUGCAUUGUCACCCCCACUCCCAUAAAAGAGACUUAAAAAUGGUGACAAUUUAAAUUUAUCUGAAAAGGAAAAAAAGCCUGUCUAGAGGCACAUAAAUCUCUGAAAGUAUUCCUAUGAAAUCUUUUGGUGCCGUCAGCUCCCUUCACGCUGUUGCCAACGCUUUCACAAGUGCCCCUGUGGGCUGAGAGGCUGCUGGCUUACCCCUCCCGUCUCAGGCCGUCACCCCUGAGGAGGGCCCCAAGCCUGGGGCAGACUGGCUACUUGCCGGUGGUUUUUCUUGCAUGAGGGAAGCCACCCCACUGUCAGCAGUUAAUGUUGAGAGUCCUGGCUCUUGUCGAGGAGGGGGGACACAUGGGCAGUGGGAUCCCCAGUGCUGCCCUGUUCUGUGGGCGGGGGAGUCAGUGGUCACCCCUGCGUUCCUGGGCGCCUGACUUCUCUGCUUCCUGUCCUUGUGACCUGACUCUGCUCUCCCUUUCUAGAGGUCAGGUCUGAAUGGAUUUUUUGCUGUGGCCAAUGAAAAUACAAACAUACUCCUAAGAGACAUGGCCCAGGAUGGUGCCCACCCGCUUUGUCCCACCCCAGUUGAAGAGGUGCAGUGGCUAGUGAUGUCAGUGCCUGACACUGGCAGACCCCCUCUGGGCGGCAUCACACUAUACCGGCCUCCCAGGGUGGACCUCUUGGGGUGGGGGAGCCUCCCUCCUGCAGGAGGUCCUGGCUUUCCUCCUAGAUGAGUCCCUAGGCAGCAGGGCGGUGGUCGUUCCCCAGAUCACAGGCCGUCACUGCCUGGCUGAACAGCAGCUGGUCAGCAGUCCCUUCCCUCCUGUGGCCACUAGGUCCUCAGUGGUCUCUCUCCUGCCGCGCAAGCCCUGAGAAGCCUCACGUACGUCGGGCUGCUCUGUUUGCUCCGGUGGGAAGAAUUGCCUUCAGACUCCCUUCUUCCUAUUGAGCAUUUUGCUGCAGGUGAAACCUGCCACCAGAAUUGAAAACUCUUGCCAGAACUGAGGUUUGUACAGUGCCUUGUUGGGAACGGAGUUGGGAGCGUGCUGAUGUGGGCAGCGUGGGAGCCGCUAGGGGUUUGGGCUUGGUGCCCUGAUGCCUGCCUUGUAUACUAACAAAGGUAUUCACCACAUCUGCAUGGGGAGAAGGGGCGGUGGGAAUAGGCAGGAGGAUGGAAGCUCCACUCAGAGGUUGCUUGGUCUUGAUCCGCUCAGCAGAUUUUGUGAUCAGAGGGGCCCCAGGAGCAGGGAGAAGCUUUAGGACCUCUGAGUGCCCCCACACAGGGCAACUGCCCCAUCCUCUCUUCCUUCUGAGGACUUGGCUUCCCCAACUCAUGGCCUGCGGGCUCUUUCCUUGUGGUUUGCCAAAAGCAGCCUUUGAUAGAAAAGGGAACUUUUCACAUUGAAUGUUGGUUUUGACUGUGUGUGUGCGUGUGUUUACUCGAUGGAGCUUUAUUUUUGUGAAAUUCCUUUCCAAUUAUGUAGCAAAAUUCACCUCCAUCUCCCAGUCAGACUUGGUUCCACAGUCUGCCCUGGGUGUCACUGAUUUGAAGAAUUCUUCCCUGGGUUUCUGAACGGAGAUGUGAUGCUCUCAAGAGUUGAGCUUGCAGAGAAAGGAGUUGAAUUUCGGAGACACCCAAGUUUCCUACUUUUUCAGAGUUCACAUCCUGCUGUUAGAAAGUAUGAAGGGCUUAGCCCUGGGAAACAGGAUGCCCAGGCUGUGUUUCUGGGGAGGGAGCUGGCCUGCAGCCUUUCCAGGCUAUGCCCUGCUCCUUAUGUAUCGGAAUAUGCACCACCCCCCCUUAGAAGGAAACCGUAUUCAUUUGCUCAUUUUGUAACAGCCGCCGAACCAGCAUGUUCUCUUCCUUUUUCAGGUUUUGGUUCAUUGUGUAAAUGGUUCAUUUUUCUGCUGUGAGCUUCAGUGAUUGUGUCAGGGCUCCUUUAGGAGGCAGUUGCCACUUGUGGUCUGAACAACAAAACCCAAGAAGUUUUGCUGUCAGAGGCUUCCUCAGGCUUGCGCCACCCAGAACACAGCCUGUAUACCCCACCCUUCUUCAGAUGCACGUUUCCACCAGCUGUGUUCAACACUACAAUGCAGUUUUCAAACUAUAUUUGCAUCCAAAACAAUAAAAGCUGUAUUUUUUGAAAAGCC